UAGAGUAAUAACCGAUCAGGUAACCUCAACCCACCAUCGAAGGUCUUGCUGCUUUGUCUCCUUCCACAAAAAUGGAGAGAAGGCUCGAAUCAGUUAUAAACCCUAAACCCCUCUAAUCAUAGCUCCCAUUUCCUACUACAAAAUGUCAUUCGCUUUGCAGCUCUCCUUCCCAAAUUUCGAUUUUAACACUGCCACUAGGCCGCAGAGGAUUCAAUUUGUAUGCAACGCUUCUUCUAAGCAAACUAAUUCUUCGAAACAAGAGUCUGAAGAUGAUACUCAACGUACAAGUGAUGAGCAUAGGGUUGUUUUGGUGGAAAGAUAUGGGAAUGGAACUUCAAAGAGGUAUAUACUGGAUGACAAGUUUCAACUUACAACAUUUCUUGAAGAUGACACCAAAUCUAAUGGAUAUUCUUCAAAAGAAUUGCCAUGGCUUCCUGAUAUAGUUAAAGAUUUUGUUCUUCCUGCUGGCUUCCCAGGAUCUGUUUCAGAUGAUUACUUGGAAUACAUGUUGUUACAGUUUCCAACCAAUGUCACUGGAUGGAUUUGUCACACAUUGGUCACUUCAAGUCUUCUAAAGGCAUUUGGUUUGGACUAUUCUUCUGGAACCACAGCUGCAGCUUCUGCUGCUGCCAUCAGAUGGGUAUCAAAAGAUGGGAUUGGUGCCAUUGGGCGUUUUUUCAUUGGUGGAAGAUUUGGAAAUCUUUUUGAUGAUGAUCCAAAACAAUGGCGAAUGUAUGCAGACUUCAUUGGAAGUGCUGGAAGCAUCUUUGAUCUCACUACACCUCUCUAUCCUGCAUAUUUCCUGCCACUAGCAUCUCUAGGGAAUCUUGCAAAGGCUGUGGCAAGAGGGCUAAAGGAUCCUUCACUUCGUGUGAUUCAAAAUCAUUUUGCUAUUUCAGGCAAUCUUGGGGAUGUGGCAGCAAAGGAAGAAGUUUGGGAAGUAUCUGCACAACUCCUUGGCCUUGGUCUUGGCAUAUUGGUCUUGUCUACACCAGGUGUUGUGAAAUCAUAUCCAGUUUUAGCAUCAACAUGGAUGACUAUUCGCCUUCUUCACCUUUGGCUUCGUUACCUCUCUCUUUCAGUUCUUCAGUUUGACUCAGUAAAUCUAAAACGUGCCCGGAUAUUGGUUAACUUGCAUGUUUCAAACUCCAAAGUUCUAGGAUGUGAGGAAUGCAAUAAAAUGGAGAAUAUCUUAUCAUGGGAGAAAUUUUCGGUUCCACAAAUUGCCUUUGGUGUGCCUUUUUCUGACAUGCUUGUUGGAGAAAGAUCAGGCCUCAAGGUGAAGAUGCUUCUGAAACUGUAUGCUAAGGAAAAAUAUAUUCUUGUGGUGAACCAACAGCCUUUCAAGGAUUUUGAGACCCUUGUCUGCUUUAAGGAAGGAGCCACAAGUCUCUCGGUGCUUCGAAGUGUUUGGCAGACAUAUUGGCUGUAUAAGAAUCAAGACAAACAAAAGGAUGGUUUUGAUGACCUGAAAGAAAGUCUGAAUGAACUUAAUGAUCAAUUUGAGAACUUUUUACAACAAUUGAGAGACGUUGGAUGGGACAUUGAUCAAAUAAACUUGAAAGUUCGUAAGGAUGUUUCUAUCCAAGAAUUGCAUGUGGAUUAAUCGUGUUUUGGAGUCCAAGGCUUUUUCUUUUUCUUCUUUUUUUGAACAUAUGAAUGGAUCCACUAGAUACAAUGUUGGAUGUCAAUAAGACAUGUUAUCAAUAAAAUAUAGCAUUUUUUUGUUUUGUA